UGAUCAAGUACUAGGUCAACAUCAAAUCCGUAAACCGUUGGGUAAAAUUUUAAGUGGAACUCACGAGACAAUUUGCUGUACAGAGCAUAGCAAUAUGUGCCUCAACUUGGACGCCUAGCAAUUACAACGGUCCGCGUUAGCCUUCUCACGGUUUUAAUGCAUCUACACACUGGCAACACCAGCAGACACAACUACCCAGUGAUAAUUCAAAAUGUAUGUACGUGUUGCGUAUUAAAUACAAUGAAGAUAAAAGUAUUAAGUUGACUCAACCGAGUCAGCCAGGCCACUAUUGCAACCAAGGCAUCGUGUGGUACGGGUUUGCGAAAGACCUUUGCUUGAUAAUUGUCAAGAGGGAAAAGUGCGGCACGUGGUGAUGGUGAUACUGGCAAUCUUGGUGGUGGUGGUGGUUGGAGCUGCAAUUGCUGCUGUAUUAUAGGAGAAUGUUGGAGGCGUUAAAGACCAGUACGGUGUGUAUUAUAUGGAUAGAUAGGAUACCAAGGUAAAAUGGAUAGAAAGAGUGGGUAGAAAGACACCAGCGAAACAGCUGGUAACCGUAGAUCUAUUGACAGAGACUGGGUUCUUAGACCGUUAGUGUUCUCGCGUGCACUAUCCGCGAUAUUUUAUUCCCGUACAGCACUACGCUGCUUUGUAUUUAACGAUAAAAUAGUAAGUGUGAUGGUAUAGAGCACUACUCGGUACACUACUCUCGAGACCCUCUCGAUACUCCAGCCCCUUUCUACUUCAUGAGUUUAGUUUAGUCCCCUCUCUUAUUGCUUCUCACUCUUGUCCCUAUUGCCGAGGAAAAGUGCUUUGGCACAACGCGACAGUUGACGUCGUGUUAUUCUUGCCGACCAGAUCGUACACUCUAGUGCUAGCAAAUAUCGUUACAACGUCUGAUUUAUUAAUAAUAAUAAUAAUGAGUGGUGGUAAUGAGACUUUUAGUAGCAGACCAGUACCAGGAUUAUUUGGGUGACAGAAUUUAGUGAUAGAAUACAAGAAAAUCCUUAAAGUUAAUCAGGACGUGUCGAUCGACGGAGACAAUGGAGUAAAAUGAGAUCCACUUGUGUGGUAUUUUGAAUUGCGGUAUACAAAUUAACAUCAAGCUUCCUCUAUCUUACUUGCAUCAGUGAACAGAUGCAGGUCACGGAAGCGUCGUUUUCUCGGAUCACUACUUAAAAAUCUUGUAUUACUGGAGCUUCUUCUUUAAUUCUUUUGUUUAUUUUAUUAUCGCCAUGAUAAUAAUCAUCCAUAUUUUUACCAUCACCGAGUGAUUAAUUAACUCGCGAUUAGAUAAAGAUCAAGCGAUACCAUACGAUCUUGAGGCUAUUUUCCGGACUUAAAAUACUCUGUUAUAUUCACUACGAUAAGUCUCAGUUAAACUCAAUUACUACAUUAUAUAUAAAUACAUACUUUUAAAUUUAAAUUUUCUCGGUAAGCAAUAAAAGUUUUAUUGCCACCGCGCAUUCUCAGAAACGUCAUUUUAAUUAUAUUAUAUUUUAAUUUUACUCUCGACAAAUAAACUCAAUGUGUAGUUUGAAUAUAAAUAGAUAUAUUUAUUGUCUGAAUUAUAAAUUACUCGGGUAGACUAUUUGAGGUAAUAAACUCAACAUUCUUAUGGUUCAGCGGCCCAGUUAGAUUGACCACAUCCAAGGAUUUCCAAUUGCAAUAAUAAAGUAACAGCUCAUAUAAUAAAUAUAUAUCACAUACAUGAUUUAAUCAAAGCUCCCUAGGUAUCAAAUAUAAUUUUAGUAACAUUUUACAACGAGGGUCAAGGGUACGUGAAUCAUGAACUGAUAAAUUGUUAAAUCAAUAUCGCCAUGACAAUAAUGAACUUAAAAAAAAAUUAAACCCUUUGCGUGACAGACAUGACCGACAAACUUUCUUAUUUAGUCACAUAAAUUAAAAGUUAUAUUUACCGUCACUUGACACCAAAUUUACUGAUAAACUUUGAAAAAUUUAAAAGCAAACUUUAAUUAACCAAUCAAUCUCCCGUUGCUAGUAAAUAAAUCGAGUAGUCCAUUAAACUGAUAAAUUUAUCUGCACAUUUGUCAGCAUAAUUUAUAUUUAUAUUUAUAAUUCCUUGUUGUUACAUUGGCAACACGAAAUUGCGAUAAAAUAAUUAAAAACUCGUGGGGUAACGUAAUAAAUGUAUAAAUAUAUAUAUGAGAUUGAGCUAUUAGCAUCAUUGAUAUCGCCGUAAACAUAAUAUAUGUUAUAUUAUAACGAGUUCUGAAGUACUAAUAUAAUUUAAACAUAUUCAGCGAGUUGCUUGUACGGCUUCACGCCCCGCGAACACGCGUGCACUAUCACCGUUUGUUAUCAAAAAAAGUUUUAACGCGAGUUAAGUUGAGUUGAAUUAAUGCGAAAUCGCAAGUGGUUUUGUUUCGUUAACUAUUUACCUGAAAUUUGACAUUUAUUAUUAUUAUUAUUUUUUUUUUUUGUAAUAAAUAUUAAAUAAAUAUAAAGACACACCUUGCAGAAAAUAUCAAUAGAACACAUAAAAGGUAAAUGAGAGGCGAAUGAGAGAGUCAAGUGGGCGCGAAAUGUGGGCAGUUGUGGCCCAGAAUUGAUGCACCUUGAUGAAAAAUUAUUUAUUAAUCAUUGAUGUCCUGAAUACUAUAAUGAUUCAUAGAAUUUGAUAAAAGGAUUAUAUAUAAAUAUACAAUAUAAUAUAAUAUAAGAUCUUAAAAUCGAUCAGGACACUGUUUUUUCUUAGAGCUUGACAUUAAAAUGGAAAUAACUAUAAAACAAUGCGGAAUUUUGAAAAAGUUUAUCAGAGAUAAUUUGUUAGGAAUAAAAUUGUCUACAAAAAAGGUCCUAUGACAUUUUGUGAUAAGUCUGAUAGUUUCGCCGGAAAAGUGGGGAGAGCUCGAAAUUUACCUUCAAUUUGACUUCAAGCUCCAAUAACUUGAACAGAUCAAUUUAUCAAAAAAUGAUAAGACUUUUUUUGUAGAGCGCAUAAUUUUCUACGACAUCAAACCCUGAGAUCUGUACAAUGAGUCAUUGAGGUAUACAAUUUUUUUUCCCAUGUUAUUUAAAUGGAAAAUAGAAAAUUGUGACGAGCGACCUCUAAAUAUUAGUAAGAGCUCAUCUUUUUUCACCUCCCUGCUAUUUAAUGGGGAGUUUUGAGAAAAAAAGCCGAUUUUUUUAUCAGUUGAGUAUAUAUAUACAUAUAUAUUUAGAGAUAGAUAAUGAAUAAUAGUAGCAGUUAUAAAACAAAUGAAAUGAGGUAGUUGUGAUUUAUAUAAAAGUACAAUAAAUAAAAUAUUAUUUAGGUGUGUGUUAUAUAUAUAUAUAUAUGCUUACAUAUUUAUUGUUAUUAUAUAUUAUUGUCUAGUGGUAUGUACAGAUAGACAGACAUAUAAUCCAGUGUUUCCGCGAUUUCUAUUUGCUACUGAGUGUGUGAAAUCGGCCAAGAGUGACUGCCUCUGGUAAAAUAGCAUAAUAUAGAAUAUAUACCGCGAAUUGCAAUGGUUUAAGUAUACACAUAUAUAUAAAUAUAUAAGUGUAUGGGCUGUCUCUUAUUAUUUAUCUUGAUGCCGGUGAGGUUGAAGGUCGCGUGGGAAACGAUUUGAAUGAUACUGGGUUAAAAAUAAAAAUAAAAUAUAUAUAAGAAGCUUCAGAUGAUACAAGACACCAUAUAUUUAUUAUAAAUACUAACUACUGAGCUAAUUAACUUAAUGGCAAUGAAAAUUAAUAGACGUUAACAUUUCCAGUGAAACUUCGAUAAAGUGAAAAUUUAAUUUAAUAACAAUAACAAUUAUUUUACUAUUUAUUUAUGAGUUGUUGAUAGUAAUUGCAAUUGUAAUUGUAAUAAUUAAUAUAAAUAAGAUGGUUGUGUCACGAGAGACAAAUAUUUCCACGAAUAUACGUGCGAUAAUUGAGCAAUUGAAUUUAAAUCCCGUUGAACGUCGUCGUCUUAUUGACCGUACUCGUGAGAACGUUAGAAUACGUCCUGUCAGUUCACCAGCAAAUAUAACUAUUGGAGUUUAUGGCUGCAGUGAUAAAAAUGAUAGAAAUAAAAUUUCCACGAGAACAAAAAGUACCGUCGAAAUAUUCCCAGAUGAUAAAAUUAUCGGUAACAAGGAGAGAGAUAAUUCUGAUAAAAUUUAUCCGGAAAUUUCAAUUAAAAAAAAAAAUAAUAACAUCAAUAUGAAUAUGAAUAUGAAUAUGAAUAUGAAUAAUAAUCGAUACAUUGAAACAAUCACGAGCCCGUCGUCAGCUAAAAUAAUAAUUGGGAUAUGGGGUAGUAAUGAUGGUAGAAAAGAAUCGAUUAUCGAGAGAACGAGUUCUUGUAGCGGAAAAAUAGACAUUAAAGUGGUUGAUGAUGAGGAAAAGAGAGUGGGUUUUAAAUCGAGAAGAGCUGAAAUGAGACAAAGGAUACCGGAAGAUCAAAAGGAAUCAUGUGAUGAGGUAACACGAACACAAACUGACAACAAUGACAAAAUUGCUACAUUGCCAAAGGAGGAAUUACCGGAACUGGAGAGUGACUCGCUGAAUCAUACCGCAGCACAUCACCGUAUUUCAGUCCGGCCAAAAAAUCGGCGACCACCCCGACGCACAAUGACAUCAACCACCAGCAGUAUGUCUUGCUCGACAAUCACAACAAUAUCGGAAACUUCAGACGUACUUGACAGUCUUGAAUUGUCUACAGUAACAAGUAGCAAUGCAAGUACUCCAGUCGAUCCUAAGGGCAUUACAAUAAUGCGUAAAUCUUCCAGUAGAUUGUCUUCUAGGACAUCCGACAUGUUUGAAGAAUUUGAUGUAAAGAAAAAACCUUCAAGCAUGGCUUCUUUGUCACCGGACAGCCUUGAUUUGAGUGUCGCCCGUAUGAUUGAACAAACUGACACCCAAGAUAGCGGUGACAUAAAACUUGUGACGAUAAAAUCAUCGAACCGUAUGACUAAGCUGUCAAAUGUUUACGAUGAAUUGGAAACAACUCCAAAAAAACGUACAUCUGUUACUAGAUUAUCAAAAUCACCAGACAGUCUUGAUAAUUCAUUUUCAAAAUCCUCUGAAGGAUUUGAUAAACUUAUUGAGAAUGAAGAAGCCCCGACAUUUGGAAGAUUACAAAAUUUAAUAUCUAAAUCAACAGAUGGAUUUGAUAAACUUGCUGAGCACGGAGAGAUAAAACCAAUGCCCCGAAGACUCGCAAACAUGAUUUCAAAAUCUACUGACGGAUUUGAGACAUCGCCGGAUCGUGAUGAUCCGCGCCCGGCUAGAAGACCCAGUAACCAGAUAUACAAAUUUUCCGACACUGUUUCAAAGUCUUCUGACAGUUUGGAAGCAAUACAGGCUCUAGUAAGUGACGAUUCGAUUGAGCGCAGGCGCAGUAGUUUUGAAAUUCGUCCGAGGCGAACCCACAAGACGAUGUCCAUGUCAUCAGACAACUUUGGGAGUCUAGACCAUCAGCAACCAGAGCUGCAGAAAAUCAGUAGCACAUCAGAUGUCUACCUCACACGCGCAAAUAAACAUCACGGAAAAAUUGCCAGUGUCAUGUCGAAAUCUACUGACAACUUUGAAAUGAUAAACAACAAUCAAGAGACUAGUCGAAGUAACUUGGACUUUAAAUACAACUACAAAAGCUACAAAAGAACAAUCUCCUCCGAGAGUUCGGAUAAUCUUGAGCUGGAGGACAGAGUCGAGAGCCGUAAAAUUCGUAAGCCACCAAAGAAAAUACCCAACUCUAUGUUAGGAAUGUAUCCAGAUGAUCACGACAAAGAGGAUUACGAUCGCCGACCAUCGCUGCUAAGAAAACCCCCGACACCCCGACUCCAGAAGUCCUCAGAAAGUUCCGAACUUGGCAGCACUGAUACCCUCGACUCGGAAAAACGGAACAAAUCUUCCGACAGCACCGAGACUCUCGACAGUCUCGACAAAGAUUUGGACCAGGACACCCGAGAUGACGACAUCGCGAACAACGUCAAUGAUAAAUAUGAAAAAAAUGAUUCCUGGUCGACCAAGACAAUGGAAAAUAAACAGAACACAGAUAACGCUGAUGGAAUGGAGGAAGAUUCAAAGUCACUAACCUACACCGACAAGCCUUAUUGGCGACAGAGCUCUGAAUCAAAAGAAAAUAUUGACAUCCAUCAGUUGCUGACAAUAGUCAGCCGUAUAACAGACAACGGUAAUAAUCAACGGAACUCUGUACCAUUUAGCAAGAAACUGUCGGCAUCACCGCCAUCGUCACCUGUCGUUAAACAGGAGGACAAUAAGUUGCUAUUCAACAAUUUGCUUACCACUAAAAAUGAUGAAGAAUUGCAGAAUAUGCUUAACGGAAACAUAUCUGAAGUGUCAACCGACACCAAGAGUUUCAAAGAGAAACUUAUUAUGUUUGAGAAACUUGGCAAGUGAAUAACAAUAAGAUCAAAUUAAUGCCAUUGUGUGAUACUACCACUUGUUAAAACUAUUUUUAUUUUUAUUUUUAUUAACUUUGCCGUUUGUUUCUACCGUACUAUAAAAAACUUUAUGAAAACAAACUUUCUUUCAUUUGAUAAAUAAUAUAUAUAUAUAUAUAUAUAAUAUAGUACUAUCAGUAAAUAACGAGAUUAUUAACGGACUAAUUGUAAUUGUAAUUGCAAAUUAACAAAACUUGCCUCUAAUAAAAUUAUCAUAGUUAUUAAAAUAUAAUAUAUACAUAUUAAAAAUAUCAUGGAUACUCGCGCAAAAUAUAAAUAUAAUACUUUUAAUUGCCGAGAUUAAUUGUCAACGUAAUUAAUUUAAUUUUGUAUACUUUGUAAUUGAUUACUAUAAUUAUUACCUUUAAUUGAUUAUAUAUUAAGUAUUAAACUAUCAAACGGUCUAAUAAAUAUUAUUUAGUAUUUAGCGACAUUUAAUUUGUCUUUGAAAUUUAAUAUGUUAAUAAUGUGGCUGUAUAAAUUAAUAGUGACAUUUAUUGUGUAAUUUAAAUAACGUAUUGAUAUUCAUUUUGUAAAUAAAUAAUAAUGUCUCAUUAUUGUUAUUAUCAUUAUUAUAAUAUGUACUGUAAGCCGCGGUUACCUUUCACGGGCCUAAUUUGGGUCUAAACUUUUACAUCUGUGUUUACAACAAAUGACAUAAAAAGUUAAAUGAGAAAUAAAAAUACAUUUCGACACUUGUUUGAGACUAAUGAAUGAGUAAUUACAAUUUAUGUAAAUUGUAAUUAUUAAAACUCAUUUAUUGAGACUCGAGUGCCUUAGACGGGCUAAAAAUGAUGACUGAAGUUAGUAGACAAUUUAAAAUUUUCGGUUUUUUUUGCAACAGAUCAAUUACAACAAAUAAAAAAUAUGCACAUGUAGAAUGAGUGUGAAUGUAGCAGACAUUAGACAAAUUUUAAAUUAUAAAUAAAUAGAGUAAAUAAUUAAAAAAAAAAUCUGUCUGUCGGUUGACCCUGCGGGCCAGCCCCAAAACUUCCCGCUGUUUUCGAGCUCCUCGAGCUCGAAAACAUUGUUGUGGAUACAUUUUCGAGCUCUUCGAGCUCGAAAAUACUUUAGUGUGCCAUUGUUUUAAAAAAAACCGAUUUUAGCAUUUCUUUCUCCCACGAUAUCUCAGGAAUGAAUUGACCGAUUUUGAUGGUUGAGGCGGCAAUCGACGCGUUUUAUUGAGUUCUAGAACUGAUCAGAUUUUGAAGUUGAUCGUAUAAGUCGUUUCUGAGAAAUCAAUAAAAAACUAAAAUAAAAAAAAAUUUUUAAUUCUUAUUCUUUGUAUAACUUGUAAACUACAUGACCGAUUUACCCCAAAAUCUAAUCAAGACUAAGUUUUGGUGAGCUCUUUCGAUCGCCACCAAGUACGUUCAAAUCGGUUCAUCUGUUCCAAAGAUAUCGUCGGACAAAAAAAAGUUCACACACACACACACACACACACACACACACACACACACACACGGACGUCCACCCGGGAAUAGUCAGAAUAGUUUCCUAGGACCUCAAAACGUCGACAUCUGAUGAAAACUCGAUUUUCGAAAAUCGGACCGAAACCAAUAACUUCCCUUUUUUGAAAAUUUGCAAUUUUCUUAGCGGGAAGUUAAAAAUAUUUUUAAAAAAUGCACUUAUUAAUUUCAACAUUUUUUGAAUGCGCAUUUUUUAAAAAUUUCAUUUGUUUAAUUAUUUACUCUAUUUAUUUAUAAUUUUAAAUUUGUCUGAUGUCUGCUAAAUUAACACUCACACAUGUAGAAAAUUAAAAAAACUAUAGGUGCAAUUUUUUAAAUUUUUGAAUAAAUCAAUAAAAUGUAAGAAUGAAAAUUAAAAAAAUACGUACUUAGAUAAUUUAAAAACUAGUACGCGCAUUUUUUUAAAUUUCAUUAUUUGAAUUUAUUUAUUUAUUUAAAAUUUAUUAAUUGUCUGAUAUCUAUUCAUACUCAUGCAAUUUUUGAAUUUUUUAAAAAAUAAUUUAUCAUUUUUAAAAAAAUCAAAAAUUAUUAGACGUCGACUAACUUCAGUAUCGUAAAAAUGGACUGAUCCUGAAAAAUAAUUAUAUUAAUUAUCAACAUCAGUAGUUACCUAUCUGCAUAUUAAAAUAUAUAUAAUACGUAAAAUAUAAAAUAUAAUAAAAUAACAGACGUAAUGUAGUAACGUUUGGCAAGAGCUUAAAACUAAUAUCAUUAAAAGUCUAAUAAAUGAAUAUAAUUUAUGAUAACAUUAUAAUUAUUAAUUGUUAAUUAUAAAAAGAAUAAAUAAUGAAUUGAAUAUAUGUUACUAUAAAUAUUAAUGGAGAUUGUUGUAAAUAAAAUUGCCAUCACUAUCAUACUCAA